CAUCAGCUAUGCUGGCGGCUUGGCAUGGGCCAGCUUCCAUUCACAGAAUCGAUCUACGAGCGUAUUUGCCGGCCUGUGAGUAGCAGCGGCACUGCGCAUCGGCUCUAUCUGUGUCCCCCUCACGCUUACACCUUCUGCCGCCUGCCGGCUCGACUUAGCCAAUUCCUCGUCUCGGUGACCAUCGCUCCUCGCAUCUUGCGCAGGCUGAAGCUCCUUGACAGAAGCGCGCUCGGUCUCGAGCCAGCGAAAGCAGAGUCCAAGCCCAUCCGCUUGAGUCGCAGAUCGCCCUCGCAGUGGUCAGAUGUCGACUUAAACUUUCAGACUAGCUUUGCCAAGCCCGACCCGAUCCAGGCUCCACAGCAGGCAGUCAGUCCUCGGAUCCAAUCCGAAGUGCUGGUCAGGUCUCCAUCUAUGGGUUUCCGGCGCGAGCUUACCGAGAAUCAUCAGCAAACACCGCUACAAACAGUGCGCGUCGAGCUCUACACUCCCCCCUCUACCUCCGACUCGCAGAGAGGCGCGUGGCGAAGGCACAGCGAAGACAGCGAGGCGCGUCUCAUGCCCUGAUGAAAGCUCGGGCGCCGUAUUUCUCGCUGGUCUCUGCUUGAUCCGAAGUUGUAUCGAGCCACCGGUCAGAACAAUGUACCAGAAGUAGCCUUGAUGGGGACCGUCCGACAGUGUGAGUCUCGAUAUGCGAAAGGAACGAUGCGUUCGCUUGAGU